GGCCUUCAGUGACCCCUUCAGCACCGAGGCGAAGCCGAGGAUCCUGCUCAUGGGCCUGAGGAGAAGCGGCAAGUCGUCCAUCCAGAAGGUUGUCUUUCACAAAAUGUCUCCCAGCGAGACACUGUUCUUGGAGAGCACGAACAAGAUCUGCCGGGAAGAUGUUUCCAACAGCUCCUUUGUGAAUUUUCAGAUUUGGGACUUCCCAGGACAGAUUGACUUUUUUGACCCUACAUUUGACUAUGAGAUGAUCUUCCGGGGAACAGGAGCGCUGAUAUUUGUCAUAGACUCCCAGGACGAUUACAUGGAAGCCCUGGCCAGGCUGCACCUCACAGUGACCAGGGCCUACAAAGUGAACACUGACAUCAAUUUCGAGGUGUUUAUCCAUAAAGUGGAUGGUCUGUCCGAUGACCACAAAAUUGAAACCCAAAGAGAUAUUCACCAGCGGGCAAACGACGACCUCGCAGAUGCUGGAUUAGAAAAAAUUCACCUCAGCUUUUAUCUGACAAGCAUAUAUGAUCAUUCAAUAUUUGAAGCUUUUAGCAAAGUGGUUCAGAAACUAAUUCCACAACUCCCCACCCUGGAGAAUUUGCUAAACAUCUUUAUCUCAAAUUCUGGAAUUGAAAAGGCAUUUCUAUUUGAUGUGGUCAGUAAAAUUUAUAUUGCAACUGAUAGUACCCCAGUAGAUAUGCAAACCUAUGAGCUGUGCUGUGAUAUGAUCGAUGUGGUUAUUGACAUCUCUUGUAUUUAUGGUCUCAAAGAAGAUGGAGCAGGAACCCCUUAUGACAAGGAAUCAACAGCCAUUAUAAAGCUGAAUAAUACCACAGUUCUUUAUUUAAAAGAGGUGACAAAGUUCCUGGCUCUUGUUUGCUUUGUCAGAGAGGAAAGCUUUGAAAGAAAAGGGCUUAUUGACUAUAAUUUUCAUUGCUUCCGGAAGGCCAUCCAUGAAGUUUUUGAGGUGAGAAUGAAAGUGGUGAAAUCGCGAAAGGUUCAGAACCAGCUGCAGAAGAAAAAAGGAGCCACCCCCAAUGGGACCCCUAGAGUGCUGCUGUAGGUGAGGUUUCAGGAACAUCUUUGGAAAUCAGACCUUUCAGUGAGGCUGCUGCACUGGGUUGCACUAAACGAAGAGGAAGAAGGGCAUUGGGACACAUAAAUUUGUUGUGUAAAAAAAAAAAUUCCUGCGACCCUCUUGAUUUUUUCUUUUUUAAAUAAAGCAAGCACUUUGAAGCAAAAACUUGUAUAUUAACAAUGAAGUUAAAUCCACUGUAAUUUCAUGACACAAAUGUAAACUUUUAUGGUCUGUAGUCAGAAAAAUCCUGUGUGAGAACUGCCAGGAACUGUAUAUAUUUUGCACUUUUUCAUUGAACUAAACUUUGAUAAAACAACUUUUCUAAGCUUUUUCUGUACUUGGUGUGAAGGAUAUGCAUACUGUAGUCCUUAGCUAUAUGGCAAUCAGAAAUUAAUCAAAAAGUAAUGCAUUAGCAAUGACUUUUUAUACAUUUGGGAAUCUUUGCUACCAAUCGUUGAGAAAAAAAAUCAUUUUCCAGUGGAGAUGGAACAGAUUGGGGCAGCAAGCUGCAGGAGCAAUAAGAACUGUCCUUUAUUUAUAACUAGUGUAAACAGGAGUUUUGAUGAAUAAUCUUAGCAUCAAACUUAUUUAAACGUUUCUAUAGCUGUGGCUGUGCUUCCCUACUCAACAGUUUUUACAAAGCUCUUUACCUCAACACACAUCUCUAUAAUCAUUUUCUACAGAGACGUUGUUUCUUUUAGCUGUAUUACCGUGAUUUAGAACCUUUGGGACCAGAUUUCCAAAAUGGUGCCAAUCACUGGAGACAAAUAAGAAUGUCAGUGAAUUGCAAGGACUCUGGAGGCUUUUUUGUACCUGCCACCCCAGGCUAAAGUAACAUCAGAAGACACGUGGUUUCCCAAAUGUAGGUGAUUGGCCACUGCAGAUAUAAAAAUAUAUAUACAAUUCUGUAUGUUUGGCCCUUGCGAAAUGGGCCUGUGCAACAUUUGAAAUGUUUAUUUAGGACCAGCUAUUUUUAUUGCUCCAUGAUCACAGAAAAUGUCUCAGAUCUCUACCAUAGAGCUGAAUCCUGUUGGGCACACUUGUUACCUCUGAGUGACAGUGUGCCUUGUAGACUCUGCCUGUUCCCACCUUAUGAUUGAACUAGAGCUCAGCUUACCAGCAGCCUGCUCUGCACAGCUGAAAACACCCCAAAGUCAGUGGGAAGGUGAUGGCCAGAGGAGGUGUUACAGUUAGCUAUGUAUUUGUUUCUAUGGAAUUCUUUCACUUAUGUUUACUUUAGACUAAUAGUAAGUUAAGAGACUCCUAAAUCUACCCCCAUCCCAAAUCAUUCCAAGUAGAUAAUUCUAGGUCCAUCCCAAGGGUCAGUGCCUAAGGCAUGUUUGUGGGUAUUAGAAAAUAAUAUUUUUUUCUUUUAGCAGAGGCUCAUAGGGAUAUCAAAGCUGCUCCUAGCAAAAUGUAUCAAGUUCCUAAAGCAACUUGUCCUUGAAAUUAUCCCACUUCUAUCUGUGGCUCCUUUCUAUCCCCUCUCCUUCCUUUCCUCAAGUCCUAUUCCUUUGAGGCUGGUAACUGCAGUUCAAAAUGGUAGCUGAUUGGGGUUUAAGGUUUGAACUCUCCCAAGAAGCUGUGCAUUUUGGAAGAAAACUUCUAAAAAUCAUGAAGGAGCCCUAACUCCCUUCCUUAUCAUUUUUGCUCAGAAACCUGGGUAAGUAGGAACCCAGGGUUCCAGGGAAGUCUUUUCUCUAAUUUCCAGACCUAUACCCUGUUGAACCUUUGCCAACAGACCUGGUACAGGUGGGUUGUUAUUAUAAACCUAAUUCUCUAAUAUUUUUACACAAUGUUUCUUUUUGAGUAAACAAAUAAAGAAUUGCUUUUCUAAUGUGAUUUUAUCCUCAAGAUAGAAACAUUUGUCUAUCUGAUAAAUCAUACGUUACAUAGGUAUAUAUGUAUAUUAUUGUAACCAGGUGGAGCUCCCAUUUUUGAGCUGGGUAUAUGAUGGGUUUUUUGUUAAAAUGUGCCUUAAGAGCCUAUUACUUCAAGAGCAAAUGAUUCUUUGGGGGAAAGGCAAAAUUAAUGCUGUGGCAUAAGGACCCAAGUUCAUGGUACUAAGUGAACUCUGAUUAAUCACACACUAAUAUAUAGAUUACUGCCUCAAACCUAUAAGCAUGGCAAUGACCUCUUAAAGAGAGAUGUAGGAGUUAUGUCUAAGCGUUCAGUUUUCGAAGUCUGUGCCAUUGAAAUUACAAAGUCUCUCAAUUCCUUUUGCAUUUUAUUUUUGAUAUGGGACUUAGCUUACUGUGACAUCUAUGGCCACAUUUAGGUCUCAGAUCCAAUGCUAUAAAUACAAAGCCCAACUACAUGGCUACAGUCACUGCUCUGGAACAUUUUUCUCAUUUUCAAAGGAUGAGAACUUGACCUACAGGUUUCUAGGGCAAUUAGAACUUCUACAUGGAGGUGAGACUCUCUGAAUUACCUAUCAUCUUUGCUUAUUUUCAGUUGUGUAGAUUAGUGUGUAUGACCAGGGUAGAGUGUUUUUGAAGGAAUAUAAAUAAAAAGCUGUUGACAUUCACAGACAGUGUUAUUUUCUGAACAUAAUAUAUUUUGGACCCUUACGUGUAAAAUGACUAAAAACAGCAAUAUUGUUAUAUACGGGUUAUAUGCUAAUUCUGUUUGAAAUAUACUCCAGAAAAGCAGCCAACUGUCUUGAUUAUUAAAGUAUGGUAUGCAUUCAACUUAUAUGGACUGGGUGUAGUUUAUAAUCAGGUAUAACACUAAGUUUUACUUUAAGUGAUACAUCUUUUAUAACUGUUGUUAAACCAUUGCUUUCACAAAUGUUAACCGCCAAUUUAAAAGCUUGUGUAUACACUCAUGAUAUGCUAAGCUCUUGUUUUAUUUUAAGCAUACUCAUAAACUAAUCUUUCAGGGAGCAGAAUGGUCUCUUUGGUGAAAAGGAAAUAUGGUCUUUCAUAUUUGUGAGGUUGUUUACUGUACACACAUAUUACUGCUUUAUUGGCCCUGUUUGGUCCCUUUAGUAAAAUGUGUUUGUCCUGAUUAACCAGCUUUCAUUUUGUGAAAAUGAGGAUAAAUCACUCUAUUUAAAUUGGAUUUGCACUUUUCUUUUUAUUAUUUUAAACCUUCUUAUCUCUUUAUAUUUUUUAUGGCAACAUGCCUGUUUGGACUAUAGAACUGUUAUUUCAGUAAACUUCAGAUAUUAAUUCUG